AAACCUGAGCAAACUUGGAUUCUCGUUUAUUUGCAUUAUCAUCAGCUGUUGCACCGACAGAUUGCUUAAGAUUCUCUGAUUACUUUCUUUUGGUACGAGUACUGCCGCUGAACGUAUUCUGUACCUCGUGAAAUAUCGGUGAUAAAGUGAUUUGCGAGUGAUAUCAGCCAGCUGCAAGGGCCAAACGAGUGCGCAUUACGCAGUUUUCCAGGCAUACAGCAGCAAACGCACAGCGGAAAACCGUAUUCGGGAUAAAAUCAUCCAAGGGUUCUCUGCAUUCAUAUUCUGCCAUUUAUCCGGUAGAUUGCGGUGGUUUCGUCUUAUUCUUGGGACAUAGAACGCAGAUAAAAUGCCCGACGCCAAAGGAGAAUCCAAAUGCUUUUCGGCUGGUUCACAACAGCCCAAGCUGGAUGAGAAGCGCAUGGCCGUGUUCAGCAUGCGCUUGUGUCCGUACGCCGAACGCGUUCGUUUGAUUCUCAACAAGAAGAACAUACCGCACGACAUCAUUAACAUCAACCUGAAAUCCAAACCCGACUGGUUCCUGCAGCGCAAUCCCUUGGGCAAAGUGCCGGCCAUCGAGGAACCGGGCAAACCGGCGUUGUUUGAGUCACUGAUUGUUGCAGAGUAUCUGGAUGAUAAAUAUCCCGAGAAUCGAAUUAUGCCCACCGAUCCGUUUGAGCGCGCCCAGCAGAAAGUCCUCAUCGAAGUCAUUGCCCAAAAGCUUACAACCGCGUUUUACGGCGUGGUUUUGAAAGGUGGACCGGAAGCCAGUGAAAAUCUGUACAAGGGAUUGGCUGAGGUGGAGAAGAUGCUGAAGGGAAAGUUUUUUGCUGGAGAUAAAAUGGGCUUUGUGGAUUUGAUGGUGUGGCCGUGGUUUGAGCGUCUGCCGGCGUUGAAAGAGAUGAAAGAACUGGACAUUACCAAAGAACGUUUUCCAAAAUUAGCCGCCUGGGCGGAGGCCAUGUUGAGCGACCCGGUCGUGAAGGAGAUCACUUAUCCUAAGGAGACAUUCCAGGAAUUCUUGAAGGGUGCUAUGGAUAACGGCAAUUACGAUUGCGAUGCCGGGUUGUAAACACAAAAGACUAUUUUUUACCACUGAUUAACUUUUCCUGGUGUUAAAUUUUCUAUGAUUUUUAUUGACGAUUUUAUAUUUAUUUUAGAAACUACACAUGCUGGAUGCAUUUUAUGAGUCGGUUUGGCAGGUUUUCUCUGUUUUAGAUUCCUUUUUAAAUUUGUUCCUUUUGUUUACUGAAUUUGGUUAUAAUUGGUAAUGGGAAAGGUUUUCAGUAAAAACUGCGUGUGCA